AUGUCCGUCAACGUCUUCGUCUUCGGCGACCAAACGCUUCCUUUCGAGUCUUCUCUCCAUGCCCUCCUCCAGGUCAAGGAUAAUCCCAUCUUGCUCGAUUUCAUCGACAGACUGGGAUACCAUCUUCGACGCUAUGUUGCCAGCCUUUCUGUCUCUCAGCAGAACUGGUUCCCGUGCUUCACCACUCUGGUGGACCUCUUUGCCCAGCAUGAGAAGGCUCAUGCGUGCCCGGCUUUGAAGUUCGCUUUCGUGGUUGCCACACAGAUUGCGUUGUUCAUCAAGCACUUUGGUGAUGGUUCUCGCCCUUAUCCGACGGACAACACCUAUGUUAUUGGUGCUUGCACGGGGUGCUUUGCUGCCGCAGCGAUCAGUACUUCGCACACUCUGACCGGGCUAGUUACCCCCGCGGUUGAGGCCGUCUUAGCUGCGCUGCGGACGGCAGUACAUGCAUUGAUCCUGCGAGACGAUCUCAUCCCCGAAGAUGAGCACAAGGCAUGGUCAGCUGUGGUUGGAACUGAUGAGUCCGUAGCCAAGGAUCUGGUUGAGAAGUUCAACGCGGAAAAGGUGAGAACAUCCUUUGCUAAAAUGCACAUACUGACAGGCAACUGUGUCACCAUAAGCGGCCCGCCCGGAUUAUUGCCUCAGUUUUUGUUGGCAUCAGCGUUAAAGCAUUCUGUGCUACAGAUAGAAAUGCCUUUCCAUGCACCGCAUUUAUUUUGCGGUGAUGAUGCAGGGGAGCUGCACAGUCCAUCCCUACAAGUAGAUGCGCAGCUGCUACCAAUAGUGUCGGCUGCGUCUGGAGAGGUCUUAGUCUCUCGGACCUUUGAGGAGCUCCUCUGCAGAGCAGUGAGGGAGACUCUCUCAUUGCCUAUCCAAUGGAACCUCCUCAUAUCAGGUCUUUCCAGGGAGGUAUCCAACCGUGGAUUUACAAACUGCAACCUCUAUCAUUUCCAGUACCGAGGUUCCUUUCUGGCUACUGGAAUUGCCCAGCAGAUUCCCUCCUUGAACAUCACUACAAUCUCGAUCUCCAAAGCUUGCCCGCCAUCUCUACCCACAGCUCAACCUACAGGAAAAUUUGCCCAUGCAAAAUUAGCUAUCAUAGGAUAUUCCGGCCGCUUCCCCGACGCCGCAUCCAAUGACGAAUUUUGGUCUCUUCUCUUGGCAGGCCGCGAUGUGCAUCGGACAAUUCCCGAAGAUAGAUUUUCCUGGGAAAAGCACUACGAUGCGACAGGAAAAACCAAAAAUACGAGCCGAGUCAAAUAUGGCUGCUUCAUCAAGGAGCCUGGCGUGUUUGACGCCCGAUUCUUCAACAUGUCCGCUCGGGAAGCCGAGAAUACAGACCCCUCCCAGCGACUAGCUAUCACAACAGCCUACGAAGCGAUGGAAAUGGCUGGGCUGGUCACAAACACGACACCGAGCACCCAGCAGGAUCGGAUUGGUGUCUUCUACGGUAUGACUAGUGACGACUGGAGGGAAGUAAACAGUGGUCAAAACGUGGAUACCUAUUUCAUUCCGGGAGGGAACAGGGCUUUCGUGCCUGGGAGAAUCAGUUACUUCUUCCGAUUCUGUGGACCGAGCCUCAGUAUUGAUACGGCUUGCUCAUCCAGCUUCGCUGCCAUUCAGACAGCAUGUGCAUAUCUCUGGCGCGGGGAGUGCGAUACAGCUCUUGCCGGCGGUGUUAAUGUGCUAACGAACCCGGAUAACUGGGCGGGUCUAGAUCGAGGACAUUUUCAUACGGCAAAGGGAAACUGCAACGCGUUUGACGAUGGUGCAGACGGGUAUUGCCGAUCCGACUCUGUCGGCAGUGUUCUGCUGAAACGGCUCGAUGACGCUCUCUCUGACAAUGACCCAAUUUUCGGGGUGAUCCGAGGCACCUACACAAACCAUUGCGGCCGCACGGACUCCAUAACGAGGCCAUUCGAAGGCGACCAAGUCGCUGUGUUCAACCGCAUUCUUCGGUAUACUGGCGUUAAUCCGAGAGAAAUUGGAUACGUGGAGAUGCACGGCACCGGCACCCAGGCGGGCGACGCGACUGAGAUGAAGUCCGUCCUGGGUGUGUUUGCGCCGGAGAAGCCGAGAAAGAAGCGUUUGUAUUUAGGUACGGCGAAAGCAAACAUUGGCCACGCCGAAUCUGCAAGCGGCGUGGCAUCCCUGAUCAAAUUGUUGUUGAUGUUCAAGUGCAACAAGAUUCCACCGCACUGUGGCAUUAAGACAAAAAUCAAUCACACGUACCCAACCGACUGGGAUGAGAGAAAUGUGCACAUUCCCAUGAGAGUAACGGAGUGGCAGAGAGAGAACGGGGAGAAGAGGCUCGCCUUUCUGAACAAUUUUAGUGCGGCUGGGGGGAAUACAGCGGUUCUGGUAGAGGAUGCACCGGAAAGAAGGAGAUCGGGUGAUGAUAAAAGGUCUCGACAUCUAGUGACUGUCACAGCAAAGACAGUCAAGUCAUUACAGUGGAAUGUCGAGAACAUGGUGCAAUAUUUGACUGACUAUCCAAGUGUGUCACUCUCAAGCCUAUCAUACACUACCACUGCCAGGCGGAUGCAUCACAGCUAUCGGUUGCUUGUAUCAGGCUCUGACGUAGCCUCCGUUCGGAAUCAGCUCCAGGAGGUUAUUUCCAGUACGCACACAGUUCCUCUGAAGAGGCGUACUGUCAUGGUAUUCACUGGACAAGGCACAUUGUACACCGGCAUGGGGCAGCAGCUCUUCGACACAGUCCCUUCGUUCCACGAUUGCCUGGUACGGUUUAACUCCAUUGCUAAAAGCCAGGGCUUUGGAAGCUUCUUUCCCAUAAUCCAGGGAGCCUCGGAAGACCCUUCUCCAGCAACAGGUCAAUUAGCUCUGGUUUGCCUCCAAAUGGCCCUGUACAACUUUUGGACCUCCCUCGGAAUCUCACCCAUAGCCACGAUUGGCCACAGUCUGGGCGAAUAUCCGGCGUUAUACGCUGCAGGUGUACUAACUGCGGCAGAUGUGAUCUACCUGGUAGGGGCACGGGCAAUGCUGCUCGCCGAGAAGACGAUUCCAGGGACGCAUGGAAUGCUAGCCGUAAAGCAAUCAGUCGAGGAGAUACAGCCGGAACUGGAUGAUUGCGCAAUCGCUUGCUUCAACCAACCCGGGAGCAAUGUCGUCAGUGGCUCUCUGGAACAGCUCUCCGCGUUAAAGAGAAGACUGGACAACCGGCGGUUUCCUUGUACCAUGGUCGACGUCCCUUUCGCCUUUCACUCUGCCCAAGUGGAUCCUAUCAUGGAGGAGUUUGAGAUAGCUGCAAGUCGAAUCAAGUAUCGCCCGCCACGUGUUGCGUACAUUUCGCCACUACUCGCUUCAGUUGUCCCGGCAGGGGAUACCAGGACUUUGAAUGCCGCAUACUUGACCAGGGCCUGUCGACAGCCCGUCAACUUCCAAGGUGCUAUCCAAGCUGCGAGGGCAGACCUCGUCAACGAAAAUACUAUCUGGAUAGAAGUGGGCUCGCACUCGGUCUGCUCCGGAAUGAUCAAGGGGAUCCUAGGUCAAGAUACGCUAACGGCGCCGUCACUUCGCAAAGACACGGAUGCUUGGACUGUCUUGACGGGAUCCCUAGAGCUCUUGUAUAAUAGCGGUAUCGAGAUCAACUGGAAUGAAUACCAUCGACCAUGGGAGCAUCAACAGGAAGUCUUGAGUCUGCCGCGGUAUGCGUGGGAUUUGAAGAAUUAUUGGAUUCAGUACCGCAACAACUUCUGUCUGACUAAGGGCGAGGGCCAGGUUUCUGUGGAGAAGAAAGAGCCGCUUUACUUGAGUCCGUCCGUUCAGCAGAUCCUGGAUGAAUUCCACGGAGAGGAUAGGUCUACUCUGCUGGCUGCGUCUGAUAUCCACGAUGCCAGACUAAGGCCUAUAUUUACCGGCCAUGUCGUUCAUGGCGCAGUGCUUUGUCCUUCUUCUCUAUAUGCCGAUAUUGCUCUCACCGUGGCGAGGCAUAUGGCACAGGUUGCCCAAGUAGCCGACACAGCUGGCUUCGACGUAGCAGAAAUGAGGGUUCAGAAUCCUCUUAUUUCUCAGGAUAAAGCACCUCAGCUCUACCAUGUUUCUGCGAAGGCUGACUGGUCAGCUCAGGCGAUAUCAUUUCGGUUAUUCAGCGGCCCCAAAGAUAAGGAAACGGAACAUGCUACGUUUCGCGUCCGGAUCAUAUAUUCCCACACCUGGCUAAACGAGUGGAAGCGCAACACCUAUCUAAUUCAAAGCCGAAUACGCGCCUUGCAAGAAAGUGCACGGUCCGGCAAUGCGCACCGCCUGAAACAGAAACUCGCAUACCAGGUGUUCGCGCCGACGGUUGAAUACGGAUCGGAUUACCAAGGAAUGCAGGAUGUUAUUUUCGACGCCGAGGAUCAUGAGGCUACUGUAGCAGUGUGCUUCCAAACAGGCGAGAACGGGUUCACGUUCAACCCCUGCUGGAUUGAUAGUCUUGGUCACAUCGCCGGGUUUGUGAUGAACAAUGAUGUUUCUCCGGGUAAAGCACAGGUGUUUAUCAACCAGGGAUGGGAUAGAAUGCGCUGUCCGGUACCACUCUCAAAAGACAAAACCUACCAGGUGUACAAUAAAAUGCAGGUUGAAAAUGGGACAACGUAUGUGGGGGAUACAUAUAUUCUAGAGGAGGGUGCUAUCAUUGGCAUAUACGAGGGUAUACGGUUCCAAGGGAUUCCUCGUCGUGUUCUGGAGAGAGUCCUUUCCGGUGGCGCUGCGGAGCGUCCUUCACAGCCUCGAGCUCCGAAACACUCGCCGGUACGCGCUGCAAAACCGGACACCACAGGCCGUGUCAUGAGUAUCAUCGCAGCAGAGGCAGGAGUCAACCCAGCCGACCUCUCUCCAACCGACGAGUUUGCAAAUCACGGUAUCGACUCUCUGCUAUCACUGACAAUAUGCGGCCGAAUCCUAGAGGAAGUGGGCAUUGAGGUGCCAUCGUCACUAUUUGCAGAGUACCCAACGCCAAAGGACCUAAUCGCCUACCUCGCCUUGAGCGGUUCGCCUAUUGUCACCCCGUCCUCCAGUGAAAGCAUGUCCGGAUACUCAACUGGCAUUACAGAGCCAAGCGCUGAUUCUACCUCCGCCAUGGAAUUAAUACGCUCGACCAUCGCAUCUGAAACAGGAGCAUCAAUCAGCGAAAUCACUCCUACCACAGAGUUCAGUAGCCUCGGCGUGGACUCACUGCUUGCCCUUACCAUCGCAAGCACGCUCGCUGAGACCCUCGAAAUCGACAUCUCAUCCACAGCCCUAAUGGACUGUCGCAAUCUCUCCGAACUGAACAAACAGCUCGGCCUUAGCAAAACCCCCGACUCAUCCCCGCAACCCCCAACCACUCCCUCCGCCAGCUCAGACCCCCAAUCCACCUCCAUCCUACUCUGGGGCAACCCCAAAACCAGCAAAAAGACCAUAUUCUUCUUCCCCGACGGCUCCGGCUCUGCAACAUCCUACGCCCACAUUCCUAAAAUCCCAAACACAGCCGCCUACGCCCUCAACUGCCCCUACAUGAAAACACCCCACCAAAUGACGCCCAGCCUCGAAUCCCUAACGGCAAAAUACAUCCUCGAGAUCCGCCGCCGCCAACCAACAGGACCAUACAAUCUAGCCGGCUGGUCCGCCGGCGGGAUCUGCGCCUACGAAGCAGCGCGCCAGCUACACUCCGCGGGCCAAGAAACAAGCCGCAUCAUUCUAAUCGACGCCCCGAAUCCAAUCGGGCUCCAGAACCCGCCAGCCCGCAUGUAUGAUUUCUUCGAGCAGAUCGGGCUCUUUGGACGUGGCACAGCGCCGGAUUGGCUGCGGCCGCAUUUUGAUGCGUUCAUUAGGUUGCUGGAUGGGUAUCGGAUUUCGGAACUGGGGUUUAAAGUGCAGACGUAUCUUGUCUAUGCGACGGACGGGGUGUGUCAUGGGGAUGCGCCGAAGAUGGAGCUCCGAGCGGAUGACCCGAGAGAGAUGGUUUGGUUGAUGACGGAUCGGACGGACUUUAGCGGUGAUGGGUGGGCGAGUCUAGUGGGACGAGAGAAUUUGCAUGUCACGGUGCUGGAGGGGGUGAAUCAUUUCUCGAUGGUGGAGAGAGGAGAGCAUAUGAAGAGAUUUGGGAUGUUUUUGGAGGAAGCGAUGCGUUGAGCUUCAUUUGGUGUCAUCUUGGAUAGUUGGAAUUGUUCAAUCUUUUGAUAAGAAUGAUAGCCGUACACUUGAGGCAAUCUGCA